AUGGGAAAACAACUCUUUGUACCUGACCUCCCUAAAGGGAGCAAUCCCAUUCGCCGCGUCUUCAUCGCCAAUCGCGGAGAAAUUGCGCUUCGAGUAAUUCGGACUUGCCGUACCCUCGGACUUACGUCCAUCGCUGUAUUUACGAACGAAGAUGCGCUUUCCCGCCAUGUCUCCGAAGCAGACGAAACAACCUGCCUAGGGAGCGCCAGCCAAGAGAAUGGAAGCCCUUUCUUAAACAUUCCUCUGUUGAUCGACGCCGCAAAAACCGCCAACGCGGACGCGAUUCAUCCCGGCUAUGGCUAUCUUUCCGAGAAUGCCGACUUCGCGGCUGCGGUAAGGGACGCAGGCAUAGUUUUCAUCGGGCCUACUUCCCAGGCGAUUCUGACCCUCGGUGAUAAACGACAAUCUAAGGAAUACCUAUCACAACAUAGCGAUACUGUACCCCUCAUCCCGGGUUUCACAGGAAGGAGCCAGGACUUGGCCGAACUUGAACGGGCGGCGGAUACAAUCGGAUACCCGGUCAUGCUCAAGGCGUCUGCCGGAGGCGGUGGAAAAGGGAUUCGCAUUAUCCGCGAAAGAGCCGCACUCAAGGCUGAGCUCGAACGGGCACAAUCGGAAGCAGCUCGAUCGUUUGGUUCGAGUGACUGUAUCCUAGAAAAGUAUAUCGAAGCCGGAAAGCACGUAGAAGUCCAAAUCAUCGGAGACAGACAUGGUCAAAUCAUCUCAUUAUUCGAACGAGAGUGCUCGGUCCAGCGUCGCCAUCAGAAAAUCAUCGAAGAAUCACCCUGCCCUUGGCUAACGCCGGUCAUGCGACGCUCUAUGUGCGAUGUAGCGUGUGAGAUCGGAAGGCUGAUCGCGUACGAAGGGGCCGGCACUGUUGAGUUCAUCGUGGACGUGCAAGCCGCGAAGUUUUACUUCCUCGAGGUCAACUCCCGGAUUCAGGUCGAACACCCCAUCACCGAAGAGGUUACAGGGGUCGACAUUGUUGCCCUUCAGCUUUACGUUGCCAGCAACGGCAAUCUCAAUGACCUCCCUCUCUCCGACUUGUCUCAAAAUGGGCAUGCAAUAGAAUGCCGGCUUUACGCGGAGAACCCGCAGAGAGGGUUCCUUCCCGAGCUUGGAACAAUCCACCUGUGGAAACAAGCGGGAGACGAGGUGGUCACCAGUGACGAGGUUCGUUAUGAGACGGCCGUGGUCUCCGGAACCGAAAUUAACAUGUCGUUUGAUCCCCUGAUCGCCAAGAUCGUUGUUUGGGCGGCGUCCGGCCGUGAGGCAGCGAUACGAAAAAUGGUCGCUGUACUCGCCAACACUGCCUACGCAACGAAUUUCGUGGGAUCACAUUUGGAUGAGCUUUUGAAACAUCCUUAUGGCAGCGGUAUUCAAGACGUCGUGAACAGUCUGGCUGCAAUUCCGGGUGCAUAUCUCAAGAUGAAGAGUGCAGAGCUUGCCAGGAACGACCCGCACCGGGGAUUCCAGAGAAAUCCGGUCAGGUUCCGUAAUCAGAGGGGGGACAAAGCCAACAAGUAUACGCAGGUCACGGUGGCUAGAACACAGAGAGGAAUCGCCACCGACAUUACGAUUGAUUCCCCUGUGUUAUCUGUCUGGGACCAGCACUGGGUUCGAAGCUCCCUAGACGAGAACAUGUACCUGCUCUCCGUGGCACCUAUCCUCGACCAUGCUCAAGCCUCUCUGGCCUACGACAGCAGCGCCGCUAGACGACUCACAGCGGUAUACGCCAAUCUCAGCGAUUUAGUCAAGGAAGCAGGGAGGGGAACGGCAUCGAGCAUCCACGUAAAGAUCUUAUCAGUCAGCCGGUUGAACGAAAAGGAUCUUCAACGUGCUACCGCCGAGGCAGCUACAAUUGCAAUCGACGUAGAUAACGUUCGAAUAUCCGGAACCUUGGUGUUACCAAACGGAAACGACUAUCGCGGCGCGGGAAAUGACAUAGCCCGAGGAACUAAGGUUUUCAUGCAUGUACCUGCCCUCGGCACAUGGUUCUCCUUUGAAGUCUUUACUUUGCUCGCGUACGUGGAAAGUCUGAAGGCUACCUUUGCGACAGCCGAGGAUAGCGCCGAAAAGGAUGUUGUUACCGCACCUAUGCCGUGCAAGAUUCUGCGGGUGUUGAAGAAGUCAGGUGAUGCUGUUAAGGCAGAGGGGCAGGCUGUUAAAGAGGGCGAUACUCUGUGCUCAGUAGAGUAA